CACAGCCCACUGGCCCAAGCCCGACACACAAGAGAAAGCUCUUGUCUACGCCUCCUGCUCAACUGCGUAAACAUGCUGCCAGAGUUUGCUUGCAAUUUCCUUGCGACACUUGCGCACCCACCCUGGACAACAGCAUUGAGGCGCGACCUUUACAUGACAGUAGAGGGAGAAGAACAAACACCGUUCUCUCUCUACGUCCAAUCUAGCCCUACUAGGACAGGCUCCUUCUGCCAAACGACCUCACUCUCGCGUUUCAGUAUGCUGCCGCCCGAGCUUCAGUUUCGCAUCCUUACCUUUUGCCCUGCCUCUACUCUCUUUCAGCUUAUGCGAGUGUCGUCUAUGCUCCGCACAGAAGCUAGCAAGCUCUUUUGGGCUCAUUCAGACGCCUGCUUCCUUAUUGAGGCGCGGUGGCUCCUUGACGGUGGCUACCCCAGCCAUACCUACACCGAUCUGGCAUUCUUAGCCAACGUACAAAACGUGCAGAUUGAGUAUAGAGUUGACGCAGAGGAUAUCAUUUGCCCGUUGCGCGACGGAGUAGUCAAGGUUCAACCAGAUCAAAUUGCUCACUUCUGGACAACAUUUACAAAAAGGUGCCCUAAAGCAAAACAAGCAGUAGUAAACCAGUCUUGGACAUCUCAAACAAGGGGGGAAACAACUCAGCGUGUACCAGAGGCGCUGGAGCUCCUGAUUCGGUCUUGUCCCCCAAAGAUUGCAGCAUUUGCGUUCAUUGCUGAAGAGGCAGAGUCUCUUGUAGGUUCAAGUGCAAGCGCGCUAUCAGCCUACAAGUGGCAAAGAGCAGUGUACCAACCAGGUGCAGGCAGCUUGUGGGAGAAAGUCAAAUUGGGCCGAGACUGGAAGACAGUUCUUGUGCCAGCAAAACCACUUUCAGGCCUGGUAGGACGCUUCCAGGAGUGCCAGCGGAGAGGUUUGCUUCUUAUGCUAGAAGAAGAUGGGCUAUGGCCAAUCCUAGUAGAGGCCUUGGACCGCUAUCACUUUGAUGAAGGACGGAGCAAGUCCUUCUCGUGUCUGUUUUCUCGUGUCUGUUAGCUGGGUGCAACGGGUACUUUCAGAAAGCAGGGGAGUGGACAGUCCACGCAGCAGAGUUGCAUAAUCAAGAUUGGAUGGGAGAUGAGAGUCUUACUAUGCUGCCGCAGGUAACAAGAAGUGAUUUUGAGAAGCGUAGGUUGAUGUUGGCGGAGAAGGGUAAGACGAUUAGACAAGACGUCGAGGAGAUAUGUAAGGAAUGGCAAGUAGCAGGGGCAGAGCAGCAGAGAGGAAUCCGGCAAGCAUGGGUAGAGAAGUUAAGAGAAGAACAACCAUGGCAGACAGAGAACGAGGUGUGUAAAAGAAGCCAGAUUUGGCAGGAGUUUCAGCAGGAGGUAAGCAUAGAAAGUAACAAUUAAAGUGAAUAUAUUAUUAAGUAGGAUGCUUUAGCUAAGACACUAUAAACAACAGC